CCCAAACACCAAACAGGUUGCCUCCCGGCGCCGCGUGCACGGCUUGGCUCUUUCCCAUCCAAUCCAUUCACCUCUCACUGCCCAUCCCUCCGCCCCCCCCAACAUCGCCACGUUCUCCCGGGUGGUGUGGCAAGUCCUUACCGAUUCCCGUUCCCUUUUGCAUUUCUUGCCUUUUGCAUCUUUUUUUCCAUACCUACUCCGUACAUCUCCGCGAGUUCCGACCGACGAGGAGAGUUCGCCAUCGAUCGACUAUCGCCUUUCGCACCGCGCGUUGCCGAAAAGCGACACCCUGUUACCUACCUGUCUACCUACCGCGCCUCCUUGCUGACCGAUGUCGUCGACCGAGAAAGAAAAAAAGCAGCCAUCUCUUUUCACUUAAAAAGCGACACGUAGCCUCCCCCCUGACGACGACGAACGUUCAUUCUCCUUUACUGAACCACAAGACCGUCGAACAAAUAUCCAGAAUGGCCGACCACGACAAGCCUCCCGCGUACGGCGGUCCUCCCCCCCAACACCCCCAACAAGCCUACCAGGGCUACUCGUCCCCUCCUCCCCCCGGCGGCCCCGGAGGCUACGGCACCCCACCUCCGGGACAGCACCCGGGCCCUUACUACUCCCCCGGCCCGGAGAUGGGAUACGGCCCACAGGGCGGGCCCUACCCGCCUCCCGGCCAGUACCCCCCGGGACAGUACCCCCCGGGACAGUACCCUCCCCAGGCUCACUACGGUCCGCCGGGGGGUCCGCAGGGUCAGUACCCGCCGCAGGGGGGCUACUACCAGGACAACCGCGGCGGUAGCGGUGCCGGAGGCGGCAUCAUGGCUGGCUUGCUCGGUGCGCUUGCGUGCUGUUGCUGUCUCGAUUGCCUGUUCUGAGCGCGCGCC